AUGCUGAUCGGACCCUACGGUACUGAUGAAUAUAAUCGUCAGAGAGCUGCUUCUUGGAAACUUGUAAAGGAAUACGGUGUGUUCGAUAUUCCGGGUUCUACGAUCGAUUUCGAGGAAGUGAUAUGUAAUGAAGGGCGUCCUUGUCCUGUCUUAGUCUUGCUAUACGCUAGGAUGGGCCUUCAUCGCUACAAUCUGCUGGAGGGUACAAAGUUUGAGCUGAGUGGCGUAACGAAAUACGUAAAAUCAAAGGGUACUUGUGCUUGCACUUACUACAUAACUCUGGAUGCAAUUGAUCCAGCUGUUGGCUCCUCGCUUCAAACUUUUCAGACUAAAGUAUCAGAGCAAAGUUUUGGCAGAUAUAUUCUCAUGUGCAAUGUGAGAGUGAGCAAGCCCAAAUUGUAG